UGAUAUUUUAUUUUAUGAAUCGAACAAUUGCCGGGAUUGGGAAUAAGCGUGUUUUUAUUUUAAAUAUGUGGUGGAAUUAAUUGACACUUAACUGGAAGCUAUUACAAAAGGAAAUACAUAAAUUUUUCCAACAUGUCAUUUUGGUCUUCGAAGAACAGUGAUACUGCUGAGAAUUCACAAGGAUUCCCUAAGAAACCAUACACUAAAAUAGAUUUAAUGGGUAAAUUACAUAUCAUUCAUGCUUUAGACAAUGGCCAACCGAAAACUGAUAUAGCCAGGGAUUAUGGUGUUCAUCCUCAAACAAUAACAUACAUAUAUAAACAAAAAGAUGCAUUAAUAAAAAAAUAUUCUCAAAAGUUUAACCUUUUAAACGAAGUUCGAUGCAUUAAUUUAAAUCAAACAUUAUUAGAUUGGAUAACAAGUGAAGUUCAAGAAGGUAAAACAAUUAAAGAAGAACAUUUAAGAGAGAAAGCUGAAGAAAUAAUAAAUACUAUUAGUGAAGAUUUCAGUUGUAUAGACGAUUGGUUGUUAGACUUUAGACGAAGAAAUAAUGUUAUAAAAUUUAGUUCAUGCAUUGAAUGUAGUGGUGAAGCAAAGGAGGAGUGGGAUAAAUUUGUAACAGAUAAAGACAUAAAUAACAUUUAUAUUGGUGGCUGUGUUGGAUUACACCAUUCUUUUGAUUUUGAUAAAUAUGCAAAUCAGGAAAGUGCAGAUAAGCAUGUGUGCUUGUUAUUUAUUGUUUGUUGUUCUGGUGUUGACAAACAAGAGUUAUUAGUUGUGGGAGAUGAAACAGUUGAAGAGCACAGUGUCAGAAGCUUGCCUUUACAAUAUUAUCAGAUUCAUAAGAGUUGCCUUACCCAUCAGAUAAUUGAGAAUUACCUCACCAAAUGGGAUGUUGAUCUGCAGGCUCAAAAUCGUAAAGUAACCUUAGUACUGGAUAUUCCAGAAAAUUUGCCAAUAAAUGUUAAUUUAAUUAAUAUUAAAAUAGAGCAACUUAUCAACAUGGAAUUUAUUACUAAAAAUGUUGCUAUGGUUGCUAAAUCAUUUAAGUUUCAUUAUCGAAGGAUUCAAAUGACAAAAAAAAUUUUGUUCAAUAAAGAUAGUAGUAAUCUUAAAAUAAUAGAUUACUUCAACAUUAUGAGUGCUGCAUGGAGCAGUGUGGCAUCCGAGUACAUACUAAGAUUAUUUUUUCCACUUGAGAAUGGUUGUCUUUAUAUAAAAACUGGUGAUGCUAUGGAUUCCAAUCAUAGUUUGUUGCAAUGGUGCAAAUUGCAUAAUAUACCUGGGGACCUUGAAAAGUAUUCAGAAUUAUUGGACAGUUACAUUGAAUGUGACAAUAAUCUACAGAUUAUUGAUACAAAUUCCUCAAAUGACAUAGCAUUUAAUGUGAAUGAUGCUCUGUUAGAAAAUGAUGUAUCACCUUCAUCUGGUAUACAGGCUUAUCAAGCUAUCAAAAGAUUAAUUAACUACUUACAAAGCCAAAGUGCUGAGAAGUCUAUUGUUAAAUGUGCAAAAACAUUGGAAGAUCAUUUAGAAAUAGGGGCACUACAAGAAAUGCAAAAUGUUUUGGCGGCUAAUAAUACUAUGGAGUGAUUUAA